AUGGGAGGCGGAACGAAAGUUGUCUCCAUCCUCCUCCGCUUCUUCCAGCUCUGCUCAGCAGCAGUUGUAGCUGGAGUAGUUAGUCAUUUCAUCUACCUAUUCCACAAAGGAGACGGUCACGUCCACUCCAAACUACUUUUCACCAUAUCCCUUGCAGGAAUCGCACUGUUUUUCUCCAUCGUCCUCCUCUUCCCGGCAAGAUGGACCUUCUGGGCUUUCGCUCUUGACUUCGCUAUCUUCGUUAUGUGGAUGGUGUCUUUUGGUCUCCUGGAAGAUCUAGGAGGCGGCCACACUUGUUCGGCAUACUGGCAGUGGAAUUACUGGGGUUAUUAUUGGGGCGGCUUCUGGAAUUAUCCAAAUAAUGUCACUUCGGCUGUCGUCAAUUCAGCGGGGUGUAAUCAGUGGAGAGCUACAAUGGCAUUUAUCUUCUUGGGUGGAAUCGCUUGGUUGUUGAGUGCUGCUUUGGUAAGUUUGAUUAUCCCAGUCCUUUACGGUGGUGUCUUAAGACGGAUGCUAAUUACUUUCAGGGCGUCAUUGCUGUUGCUACUGCUAGAGAUGAAAGGAAGGAGGGACUUACGAAGGUUAAUAAGAACAACCACGUGAUGACUGAGAGCACGGUUUAA